AUGGUAGUUUAUACCAGUUUUAAUUUUUCAAAUUUAAUACAACCUCAAAAGAUUAAUUAUACAAAGAGUUUUAAGUUCAUAGUUCCAAAACUCGAAGAACAAAAUAAACUUGAACAAUUGAACAAAGAUAGGAGUGAGUUCCCGCUUAGUGAUAAAUUAAUAAAUCAAAAUUAUCAAACCAAAACGUUAAAAACAUUUACAGAUCCAUUUAAGUUUAUAAAAUCUUCAAAAACCCACCAUGAAUCUCAAAUUUGUCUACAAUUAAAUCAUAAAGAUGAAAUUUCAGUAUCACCUCAACAAUUCCUCGAUGCUGAUUUAUCCAUAUUCUUAAAGCACUUAAAUCAAAUUUCAGAAUUUGAAUAUAUUAUUGACCUAGCUAGACAAAAAUUCAAACCAACUAUUCCUGAAUCAAAGCAAUGGUUUAGAUUUGGUGGUUCUUCCGUUUGGUUACCUAAUUAUAAUUGUCAUUAUAUGGUAAGUAGAGUAUUGUAUACUCCUUCAGGUAUUGCAAAUAAAGCAUUUGCUUCAUUUUUAUACAUUCAAUUGUUUGAUACUAAUUGGAAUGAAUUACCAAAUGAUACAAUUUUGGAAAUUCCGUUUGAAGAAGAAGUUUCAACAAAUACAGUUAAAUUGGGAUUUAGAAAAGAAUCAUUUCCACAAAUACUACCUAUACCAUUUGAUUACGAAAUGCAUGUUGAGAAUAAUAAAUAUUAUUAUGGACCAGAAGAUCCAAGAAUUAUACUAAGAUAUCAUAGAGACUUUAAAUUUCACGAACCUUUAAUUGUUUUCAACAUGAAGGAUUUGCAAUUGGUUAAAAGAACCAUGCAUAUAUAUUUCCCAUAUUCAAAAAGGUUGAAAAUUUUCAAAAAGAAGAAUGAACCAUAUGCCAAAAUUGAAAAAAAUUGGACUCCAUUUAUAAAUAAUCAUCAAAGGAAUAAGCUUAAUUUUAUAUAUUCAAUUAUCCCAUUGGAAGUUUUAACUUGUGAUUUAGAUUCUGCAAUUUGUGAAUUUCUACAGAAACCAGUGAAGAAAGAUUAUAAUUAUGUUGGUCCAUUAAGAGGAGGAAGUCAAUUAUUACCAAUACCAAAAAUAGCCAAUAACUUAAUCAAGUCUUUACCCUCAAAUAGACAAAUUUAUAUUGGUUGGGCAAGAGCUCAUUUAAAUAAAUGUGGAUGUGGGGAAUCAAUGUAUCGACCAAAUUUAAUAAUUUUGAUUCAAGAUUAUAAUCACAAAACAAAUAAAUAUUAUUAUAAAUUGGGUUAUGUUUCUGAAUAUUUUGAUUUUGAUGCAAAGGUUCCAUCAUGGAUUAUUCCAAAAUUGGAUGAAGAUGGACAAUUGAUGGAUACUGAACCAAGACAGUGCGAGGGUAGAAAUGUAUUGAUUCCUAAUUCAAUAGCAUAUUGGGAUAUAAAAUCAAUUAGAAAAGGAAAAAAAUUAUAUGAUAGGGCCAAUUUUAAAGACAUUAUUGAAAGUACAAAUAAUGAAGAGUUAGAAUUUCACGAUUAUAUGGGUGUUACUUUAUCAGCAGCCGAUAAAGAUGUUAGUAUAGUUCAUAUAAAUGGUUUAUUAAAUUAUAUUUUGAAAUUACUGGAUUUAUUUGAUGAAGAGAAUGUAAUAGAACUGGAUAACUUAUUUCAACUUGAAGGUUAUGAAUUGAAUAAUAAAUGUGCUAUGAUUGCAAGUAAAGAAUAUUGUAAAUCAUAUGCUUUAAACCAUGGUGUUGUGUUUGGUAAAGAUAAUGGUAAUUAA